AUGGGCGUGGUGACUGCAUUUCUUCAAAGCAACGUAGAAGCAGAAGUGUAUGUUCGUCAAGCUAAAGGAUACGAAAUAAUGGAUGAAGUGACGGGACUACCGCUGGUGAUGAAGCUCAAGAAAAGCUUGUACGGACUGAAGCAGAGCCCUCGUAAUUUCGGCAACGCAGUUGCUAAAGGAAUCAAAGACAUCGGGUUUACUGCUCUACUGAGCGACCCGUGCGUAUGUGUGUACGGUGCUGGACCGACAUACGCGAUACUAUGUGUGUACGUGGACAACUGCACACUAGCUGGAACGACACCGAGCGUUGUUCAAGAUAUGAAGAAACAGCUAUCGAACAAAUUCAAGAUGACGGACGGAGGACCAGCGGAACUACUACUAGGAAUGGAAAUUGCUCAGAGCGACGGAGAAAUCACUGUGAGCCAACACAAACAUGUGAUGAACAUACUGGACAAGUAUCAAAUGACGAACUGCAAACCAGUGGCGACUCCAGGUUGCGGACCAGAAAUUGAGCCGGGAAAUGCUACAUAAUUAAAUGACGAGGACAAGAAACUCUACCAGGGAAUAGUCGGAAGUCUACUCUUCUUGACUAACACGACAAGAUGGGAGAUUGAUAUGCCGUGAUGGUCCUGUGUAGCGGGAUGAACAAGCCUACCAACCAACGCAUGGAGCAAAGAGAGAGCUGCGAUAGCUUCGAGGUUCCCCGGAUAUGCCACUAAAGUUCAGGAGAGGACACUGGGACCUCAGGUGCUACUGUGACGCGAACUUCGCUGGAUCGAGCGAGAUACUCCAGCAAUGUUCUUCUACAGGAUACCCGUUCAUUCUAGCAGGAGGCGGCAUCAGCUCAAUCAAGUGUACAUGCGGAGAUCAUCGCGAUGUCUACAGCAGCGAGGGAAGCCAUUUUUCUGCAAGGUGUACUACCGGAACUUGGGUUUCCAUGCGGCAACAUCCCGCUUCAUUCAGAUUCCACGGGAGCACUGAGCACAGCAGAAACUCAAUGUUUUGAGGCCGCAGCAAGCUCAUCAGCACGAAAUACUGGCUACUUCGACGUCAACCAGGGGAAUAUUGCGCUCAAGUUUGUGAGGAGCGAAGAACAGCUGGCAGACAUACUGACGAAGCAUCUGGACCGUAUUGAAUUCGUCAAGCUGAGAACGAUGGUUCAAGAACAUGGAGGAUCUACUAAAUACUUCAAGUAGGAGACUUCGUGCGGCGGAUCAGCAGAUGUGACGGUUUCAGAUGUACACCGACAACGUCGGUGAGGGUCGGUGUUACGGUGAGUCGAGACAUCACACGCAAAGACGUGUGAAACAUCAUACGCUGAGACAACAACGACCGAGACAGGACAACCUGGACGAGACUUAACCCAGACAAAAACGAGAGCAACUACUGAAACAAUGGCAUAAUCAGAACAUGGAUCUGGACAUAUUUCGAGUGAUGAAGAACUUCAAGUCAGGCAAGAGCAACAUUACGACGAAGGCAACAACGGAGAAGACAGCAACGACAUGCCAGAUGGGUCAAUGCUUGUGGAGAUUGAUCCAAGCAGGCAUUAGUAGCAAGCUGUGAACAUCUUGUUGAGGGCACGCUAGGAAUAUUACAGGACUCGGUAAUUACGGCGGUGACAAAUAGCAAGACUUUCCAGGCGAAUGACAAAACGCGUCAUGUCAAGACUUAGGGACCGUGGUACGAUACAGUAAGAAAGAAGAACGAAUAAGUAAUUAAGAACUAUUGUUUUUGGAGUAGGAUAGCAAGUGUUGAAAAGGCAGUUGUUGAUGCAUGAGUAACGCGCGAACUACUACAUAAUUUAUGGGGGCGUAUAUAAUUGUUGUUGUUGUUGCUGUUGUUGUUUUUCUUCACAUUGAACUCGUGUCAGUUGCUAAUCCCAAAAUCUAGCAAAGACUCGGUCCGUGGUCACAAAAAUGCUAGAGCCAUCAGAAGAUCGAAAUAACACACACACCAUUAGCAAGAAAAGGGUACGCAAGCCCGAGGAGGUACACCUGCAAUCCCUGCAGCACGUUUGCAUGCUCACAACUGAACUACACGCCCAC